AUGAAAUCAAGCCCUGAAGAUGAGUCCACCCCGGAGGGCACCGCCGAGCUGCGGCUCACCCCGGCUCCGGUCGCGGGGCGGCAGCUGCGGGUGCUGCUCACGCCACUGCCCCAGAAGCGGCUGCUGGCUGUCGAGGGCUGGGCGCCGGGCGGGAAGAGGCUCCGCCCGCGGGAACCGGACCCGGCCGGCGUUCGGGAUGCGGACAGCGACGGGAGCGAAGCGGAAGAUGCCGGUGCGGAUGGAUGCCCACAGUUAUCAGUUUAUGAAAAGAAAAGGCUGAAGAACAUUAUAGAAAAUGCUAAAUUCUUUGCUGCUUUGGAGCUGUACGAGUCAGCUGCAAGACUUCAACAAAUUGCAACUAGAAAACAAUCCCUUGUCACCAAAAGGGCUAAGCCUAAAAAGGCAGAAGAUGAAACAGUACGGCGAAGGUCUAUGCGCUUACAGAGAGUAGAGCCCUCCGGAGUUUCGGGUCUGGAGGCGCCUGCCCAGCCAACAGCAGCAGGCAGUGUAAGACAGCCUCAAGUUCCAGCUGGCCCUUUGCCAAUGGUUCCAGAAGAUCAGAAGGGAAACAGCAAAUUGACCGAGGACUUACUGACUACAUGGAUGAGGAUAAGUGAGGUGAAAGCUAAUGGUACUGAAAAGUGCCUGUGUGACAUGAAGAGAUACCAAGACAUGCUGUCCAGCAUGGUCCUCAGCAAAGAGAACAUCAGGAAGGUUGUGAAAUACCGGGUUUGCUCCAUGGCUAUCCAUCCAUCUGAAAGCAUCCUCUUCGUGGCAGCUGGAGACAAGUCCGGGCAGAUUGGUCUCUGGAACGUGGACUGUAAGUCCGAGGAAGGAGCACAUGUCUUCGUUCCGCACAAUGACCUGGUCAGCUGCAUGCACUUUUCCCCGUUCAAUCCUGCUCACUUGCUGUCCCUCAGCAACGACAGUCUGCGAUGCGGUGAUGUUACUCGGGCUGUCUUCGACGACAUAUACAGAAGUGAAGAAAAGUUAUCUUCCUUUGACUUCCUGGAAGAUAACGCCUCCACUGCAAUAGUAGCACACUGGGGCGGCAACAUCACCGUUGUGGACAGACGGACCCCAGGAACGUCAUCAGGGUUGUCUGCAGACAUUGACUUCAAAAGGAUGAGGACAGUCCAUGUCCACCCAGUGAAUAAACAGUAUUUCAUGGCUGCUGGCUUACAGGAUGUUUGUAUUUAUGACAUUCGAUACCUGAAGUUUCAUAGGAACAUGCCUGUGAGCUCUCUUAAAGGACACACAAAAAGUGUUGCUUCAGCCUUUUUCUCACCUGUAACUGGGAACAGAGCGGUGACGGUGUGUGCUGAUGAUAAGCUGAGGGUCUAUGACACCUCCUCUUUGUCAUCGAAGGUGGAGGUUCUCAGCACGAUCAGACACAACAAUAACACAGGGCGCUGGUUAAGCAGGUUCCAAGCAAUAUGGGACCCUAAACAGGAAGACUGCUUCGUGGUGGGCAGCAUGCUGCAGCCAAGACAGAUCGAAGUCUUCCAGGACACUGGGAAAUUGUUGCACUCCUUUUCCAACCUCAACUGCCUUAAUUCCGUGUGUUCCAUUAAUGUGGUUCACCCCACUAAGAAUGUCUUAGUGGGUGGCAACUCCAGUGGCCGCCUUCAUGUGUUCAAAGAUUAAAACACAUGGCCUGGAUUUUUAUUUUUUCUUGCAAUAGAUUUGUUUAAUCUGAAUUAAACUGUUCCUCAGCUAACUGUAUUUUCUCAGGAGAAAAAUGUGUUGUAAAAGCUUUCAAAUAAAUCUUCUAAACUACCUUUAGCAUUCUCUUCUUUAAUUAAAACAAAAUACUAAUCCUGCUCUGACAGUCAGCCCAUACCAAAACAGAUCUUUUUCCCCAAUACCAAAGGUAUUUUUCAAAAAAAAGAAACCCCGCUGGAUCAGUAGGAUACUUGCUGUGAGUCUGAGGCACUUUUUAGCAAUUUCCAUGAGCGACUCUGGGGUGCUGGCUCCCUGCCAGCUUGGUG